CUCUCUUUGGAUUCUUGGAUCCUCGGCUCUCCGUAUGCCUAGCGCUGUAUCUGUAUAUGAGCAUGCUCAGAUAUCAACGAACCAUCGGUGCCUGAAAGGUGUGUUUAUUUCUGGCCAAUUUCUUUCUCUCUGGACAUCUCAAUCCGAAGUAACUCCGAAUUCAUUUAAAUUCCGUUACUAGCAGCAUGGCGCAAGAACCCAAAGCAUUGACCCCCGAACAAGUGGACUUCUUCCUUGAGAAUGGUUAUGCAGUCAUCAAGCAAGCGUUCACCAAGGAACAAGCUGCAGAAUGGACAAAGACGAUGUGGAUACGAUUGGGCCUUAAUCCAAAUGACAAAUCAACCUGGGAUCGAGAGAGGAUCCAUAUGCCAUGGCACCAUCGUGAGACUGUUGCGUCCUUUGCACCCAAGGCUUGGGAGGCCAUAAAGGAUCUUCUCGGGGGUGAAGAGCGUAUCGAUGAGAAGAGCUCGUCUUGGGGCGAUAGCUUCAUAGUCAACCUCGGCACACCUGAGCUUGAACAAGAAGGUAGCGACGUUGUUCCUCAGGAUCUGGGCAACUGGCACGUCGAUGGUGAUUUCUUGGUACAUUUUUUGGACUCUCCUGAACAAGCACUGCUCGUUAUACCCCUCUACUCUGACAUCAAGCCUCGAGGUGGGGGCACCUUCAUCGCUACGGAUGGCAUAGAUUAUAUCGCGAAUUAUUUGGCUGCCCAUCCCGAAGGUGUUCUUCCCAUCUCGUUGUCAUUCGUGCCUUCCAACUCCACCACUGCUGACCCGAAGAAUGACCCUGGCUACUGGAGUCAUCUAGAGGCGGCAAAGAAAUGCAACAACUUUGUAGAACUGACAGGCGAGAUUGGGGACGUGAUACUCAUGCAUCCCUUGAUGCUUCAUUCUGCCUCCAAGAACCAUCUCCGUAUUCCUCGUGUCAUCACCAACCCUCCGGUCUCCCUUCGCGAGCCAUUUAACUUCAACCGCGAGAACCCCGAGGAGUUUAGUAUAGUUGAGCGGAAGACGUUGCAGGCCUUAGGAGUGGACAAAUUAGAUUUCAAGUCUACGACUGAGAGGAGGAACGUCUUGCCAAAGAGAGUGGAGUUGCAGAAUAAGAUGUUGGAAGACGAGAAGAAGAGGCUGGCGGACCUUGCUGCUCAGGUACAGACAACAGCUACUGCGACCAUGAGCUUGCAAAGGGCUCCACCUGUGAGACACAUCAUAGCAGUGUAAGCUAACGAGGGGAUCAAUGCUCUAUGAUUCAUGUGGAUUAUAUGAUAUCGUGACUUCUGUGUCUGGAAUUUCUAGGUCGAUAAGAUGUGCACAUAGACUGACUUUACCGAAGGAAGGAGCCGAUCUACCCAGUCGGGCCGCUAAUGGCCAGGAUUGUCAAACACGCUCAUGAUGGAUCAGAACAUCAACUUCUCCCCUCCACUCAAACGUCGCC